GCAAUUGUAGUAACAGAUGGAGAGCGUAUACUUGGUUUAGGUGAUCUUGGAUGUUAUGGUAUUGGGAUACCAGUAGGAAAACUUUCAUUAUAUGUUGCUCUUGGUGGAGUGCAACCGAGAUGGUGUCUUCCUGUAUUAUUGGAUGUUGGAACGAAUAAUGAAGAGCUUCUGAAUGAUCCAUUUUAUAUUGGAUUGCGUCGUAAGCGUGUUCGUGGGCCUCAAUACGAUCGACUUAUUGAGAAUUUUUUCUUAGCUUGUAGGAAAAAGUUUGGGCAACAAGUGCUUAUUCAAUUUGAAGAUUUUGCCAAUCAAAAUGCAUACCGUUUAUUGGAUAUGUACAGAAACAGAUUUUGUGCAUUCAAUGAUGACAUACAAGGAACUGCAGCUGUUGCCGUAGCUGGUCUUUUAGGAUGCUGGAAGUAUACUGGUAAACCACUCGCAGAAGGAAAAUUUGUUUUCUUGGGUGCUGGAACUGCUUCGAUGGGCAUCGCUGAGCUGUGUGUAGCAGAAAUAGUAUCAGAGGGUUUAACAAAAGAACAAGCAUAUGACCGUAUCUUUUUGAUGGAUAUCGAUGGAUUGAUCACAAAAAAUCGGAGUAAUUUAGACGAUCUACACAAACCUUAUGCAAAAGAUUUACCUGAAACAAAAAGUUUGCUAGAAGUUGUGAAGAAGGUCAAGCCAUGGGGUUUGAUUGGUGCCUCGACAGCACGUGGUGCUUUCACUGAAGAAAUUGUUCGUGAGAUGGCAGCAAUUAAUAAGCAUCCUAUCAUUUUUGCACUUUCAAAUCCAACGGAUAAAGCGGAAUGUACUGCAGAGGAUGCUUAUCGUUGGACUGACGGAAGAGCGCUGUUUGCUAGUGGCAGUCCAUUCCCAGAUGUGAAAUAUAAUGGGAAAAUCUUUAAACCUGGUCAAGGAAAUAAUGCAUAUAUUUUCCCAGGUGUAGGUCUUGGCGCUAUCCUUUUCAACGUGCGUCAUAUCGAUGACGAAACAUUUCUGAUUGCUGCUCAUGAAGUUGCAAAUACUGUGACAGAUAAAGACUUCAAAGUAGGCCGUUUGUAUCCACGAUUGGAUCGCAUCCGUGAAAUGUCCGUAAGAAUAGCUAUUGCGGUUGGCGAACACGCAUAUAAGAAUGGUAUGGCAUGCCUUUAUCCGAAACCAAACGACCUUGAAUACUUCGUACGUUCACAAAUUUACCAUACAUCAUACGAUGAAAUAAUCAAUGUUACUUAUAAAUGGCCACCUCAUGAUAUGAAACACGGUUUUCCGAUACCAGUUGUAGAUCGGCAAAGUGACGAAUAG